AUGCGGACCAGCCCACUGCUUGUUGCCGCCGUUGUGGCCGCUGCCUCGUUGGCCAGCGCUGAGCCGCAGAAUCGACCCAAGAUCUACUUCCCGCGGCAUGUUAAGCGACAAUUUACAAACCAUACCAUUACAAGUUCAGCUUCGCGGAGCACCCAAAGUGACGAAGCGGAUCUGACGUCCCGCUCCACGACGAAGAAGGAUACGAUAUCUGACCUUCUCUCCAGUCUUCUUGGAGAACCUGAUAACAAUGACGUGACAACGCCGACUUCGUCCACUCGCUCGCUCUCCGCAACCAGGUCGGUCUCGGGAAGCGGAGCCGAUUCGUCAACUGACGAGCCGACGAAGACAAGUGCCAGGGCCGGGUUCAGUUCCACGCGAGGCUCAGUUCCCCCGCUUAUCAGCUUGCCACCGUUGAGCCUACCAUCGCUCAGCCUGCCGCCCCUUGAUCUGAGUCAAAUCGUGCCGAUUGCACCGGAGACGGUGUCUGCCACCUCGAACAGGACCUUGUCGACGACGACGACGACUGGCACAACAGCGAGCACUGUCGGCUCUGCGACUGAAUCCGAAACUGCAUCUACUUCGGCGCCAAUACCUGUAUCCGUGUCCGCCUCGGCGUCUGAAUCUGCCUCUGAUUCAGCGUCCAGGUCUGCUGUGGCGUCGGAAUCAGAAUCUGCAUCUGCGCCAGUAUCUACAACUGCCUCACUGUCCGCGUCCGCAUCCGAGUCCGCAUCUGAUCCCGAGUCUACGUCUGGGUCCGCGUCUGAGUCCACGGCAGAGUCCACGGCGGAGCCCACAUCAGACCCCACAUCGGACCCUACAUCAGACCCUACAUCGGACCCUACAUCAGACCCUACAUCGGAGCCUGCAUCGGAGUCUACACCAGAGCCUACACCAGAGUCUACAUCAGAGUCCGCACCAGAGCCUACGACGACGUUCUCCUCAUCAUCCUCUGGCAUUCUGCUAGCCCCUACUGGUGUCGUGACGCAGUCUUCCAGCUCAGGUGGCCUUCUCGAUGACCUAACGAGCAUCGUCGGGGACGUGACAAGCGCGAUCCUUCCCACUCCGACUGCUAACUCUACUGAGUCCAGCGCGACUAGUGCUUCUGGAAUCAGCUCGGAGUCGGAGAGCGGGAUUCUGCCUACCCUAUUGCCGACGUCUCUCUUCGGUAGCACAACGUCGUUUCCAGGCACUGCACCCACCUCGUCCGCUUCCCUGUCGGCAUCUCCGUCUGUCACUGCGUCUGUCUCUGCGUCGAUCACACCAUCAAGUUCUCCUUCGAGCUCGGAAGAUCCUGUUCUGAGUGUGACCUUGCCGCCGCCGGUGAGCACCGGCUCGUCUUCGACUCCUGAUUCGUCGGUUACUGUAAUCACCAAUUCCACAGAGUCAGGCACGACCCCGACGUUGACAAGCAGCAUCCCCAUCAGCUCGACGACCUCAGGGACUAUCAUCAUUCCAGGAAACGCCACGACAACCGAUACCUCGAGCGUGCCGCCUACCACUUCGUCUGUAACGCUUAUCACCUCGUCUGCAACGGUUUCACCCAAUGUGACAGUAUCUUCGACAGAAUCUCCUACCUUGGAGCCAAGCACGUUCACCGUACCUCAAAACUCGACGACUGCACCCCCGACUAGCACGCCGGAGCCGUCAACUACCGAAUCCACGGCUACAAGUACUGAGUUUACGUCGACCAGUACUCCCACGCCGACUACGUCUUCCACGACAACGAAGCCAACGUUCACCAGCGUUCCCAUUGUAGGAACUAUCACCGACUCGGGAUCAUGGCUUCCAACCACGAUUAUUAUCCAACCCUCCACCAGCACCAUCAAUACGGCUGACCAAUCCACUGUUUCUGGAAUUCCUACCAGCCUUCCCAAGGCCAUAACCCCGUGGACGGAACCGCCGGAGCAACCCGGUGGCUCGACGCUAAUCCAGAUCUCCUUCCUCUUUGGCGAAAAUUACCAACAUCUGGUGGACCAGCCCCUAGCUGCGUCCCAAAUGUUCGACCUCCUCCCGAAGGGGCUUGCGCAUGGUGGCGGCUUCGAGCUCGAAAGGGUUGUGAUGUACAGCAUCAGGCCAUAUGAUACAAUUGCCCGCCUAGGUUAUAUCACUUCCCAGGCAAUGGUAUACUAUCCCACAGAGGGUAUCGCCCAACUCAGCGAUGACAUUAGUUUCCCGACAACUCCGUUGUACAACCACGAUAACCCGCUAGUCCGCAACCUGACAAGGGAGAUUAACCCGGCGAUCGGCAUAAUGCCUGGUUCCGUCUUGGAAGGCGUCCCGGGUUCUACUGGUAGCGAGAACGACCCCACGGACACCAACAUUCCUAAUAACAAUGACCCGUUCGCUCCCCAAGGCCCCGGUGAGGAGACGACGAGCGCCCAGCAAGGAAUGACGGCUGGUAUCGCCGUGGGCGCUGCUAGCGUCGCGGGUGCCUACGGUGCCGCUAUGUUUAUCAUUGCCCGACGUUAUAAGCGUAAGAAGCAGAGGCAUCAGAGGAGUAGCUCUCUGUCUUCCCCCUCGGAAAUGCGACAGACAGGGAGCCCCGCUCUCAUGGGCGGCGCGUUACUGAGCCGGGACUUCACAAGCAGCCCAGGUUAUGGUGGAGUCGCAGGUAACAUGCGCGACAGCCAGGGCAGCGGAAGGAGCGGGAUGGGUGGCUCGGCACGUACCGCCAAUAUCUCGGCGCCAGUCGCGGCUGAAAACUCUCUUGGUUGGAACUGA